UUCGCUCCGGUAGCUCGGCUCUCGCCGGUUCCGGCGAGCGGGCGAGGCGGGGCGCGGGCACCGGCGCGGCGGACUCCAGCGCAGCGCGCCCCGGUCGGCACCGGCGCCGCGGGUUCCGCCGCACCCCGCGCCUGCCGCCGCGAUGCUGGGGCUGCUCGUGGCGCCGCUGGUCCUGGCGCUCGUCUACUUCGCGCUGCUGGACGGUUGGUACUUGGUGCGCGUGCCGUGCGCCGUGCUGCGCGCGCGCCUGCUGCAGCCGCGCGUCCGCGACCUGCUGGCCGAGCAACGCUACGCGGGCCGCGUGCUGCCCUCGGACUUGGACCUGCUGCUGCACAUGAACAACGCGCGCUACUUGCGCGAGGCCGACGUGGCGCGCGCCGCGCACCUGACCCGCUGCGGGGUGCUGGGGGCGCUGCGCGCGCUCGGGGCCCGCGCCGUGCUGGCCGCCUCGUGCGCGCGCUAUCGCCGCUCGCUGCGCCUGUUCGAGCCCUUCGAGGUGCGCACCCGCCUGCUGGGCUGGGACGAGCGAGCGUUUUACCUGGAGGCGCGCUUCAUCAGCCUGCGCGAUGGCUUCGUGUGCGCGCUCCUGCGCUCCCGCCAGCAUGUGCUGGGCACCUCACCGGAGCGCGUCGUGCAGCACCUGUGCAAACACAGGGUGGAGCCCCCCGAGCUCCCAGAGGACCUACGGCACUGGAUUGCCUACAACGAGGCCAGCAGCCAGCUGCUCAGGGCUGAGAGCGGCCUCAGUGAUGUCGUCAAGGACCAAUGACCACCACACCCUGCCCGCCAGCCUCAACGUGGGGGCGCUUGCCUGCCGGUCCCUGCCUGCCAGGGCCAGAGGGUGCGGGAUGGACCCGCCAGGCCCACGUCUCCCAGCUGGAGCGGUCCACGACCAGCCCUGUCGGCCCAGCACCGCCCCCCCCCCCCCAC